GGGGGAGAGAGAGAGUAAAAGAGGAGGAGAGAGAAAUCAUUAUAGAGAGGGAGGGGUUGGAGCGUGACUGUCAAAUCUAUUAUAUAUUAAGUAUUUUUUUCUGACCACCUCUCUCCUAAGUCGCUACCCUCCCCCUCUCUCUCUCUUUCCGUCGUUUCUGAUUUCAGGGCCUCUGCGUACAAUCUCCGGAGAUUCGAUUUAACCACUCAUCUGGAAUUCCUCGUCGCUCUCUGCUGCCUUCUUUACUCGGGAAAAUGUUCCAGAUUUUCAAGGAGGGGUUUUAAUUGGAUUGAAUUUUGACCGAAAAUGGAUGGGGAUGCAUUUACAGGCAUUGGCAACGGUAUGCAAGCAGAUAACAAGGUGUUGCAGACGUUCCAGAAGAGCUUUGUUCAAGUCCAGAACAUCCUAGAUCAGAACAGGUUGCUCAUCAACGAGAUAAACCAGAACCACGAGUCGAAGAUCCCGGACAAUUUGAGCCGAAAUGUAGGUCUGAUCCGGGAGCUUAACAACAACAUCAGGAGGGUUGUUGAUCUCUAUGCUGAUCUUUCGAGCUCCUUAGUUGAAGCUUCAUCCGAUGGGGAUUCAGGUGGGACAUUGAAAUCGGACGGGAAGCCAGGACACAAAAGAAUUAGGCCCGGCUAGUUGCUGGAAUCUUGGGCACGCCGCAUGCCCCUUCGCAAACUCUCUGUACCAAUUCUUUUACACCGUGGGAAUGAAGAAAUUUUCAAUAUCAACGCAAGUAGAUCGGGUUAUGUAACUCCUGUAUCUGUAUUGGGAUUUACUUGACAUAGUUCUCAUUAGAAAUAACACUUAAUCUCUCUUUCUCUCUCUCUGCCUUCUGUAAUCCUGUGUAACUGUCUUAUCCCAUUGAUACUGAGUAUGUCUGCUUUCCAACAAAUCUCCAAUUUUGAUGCCACUUCUGUUCUAGACUAGCUGAAGAUCAAUGGUUGAAUAAUUUCUUUCUCA